GAUCAGAAUUCAUCAAUUGUCACCGGUCAGCGGCUUUUAUAAAAGAGUAUACUCUGUUGUGCAUAAAUGACGUGUGCACGGUUAAUCGAAGAUGGCGGAAUCUGGAGCUCGAAAGAUCCUUUUCGUUUGUUUGGGUAAUAUUUGUCGUUCUCCAUCUGCGGAAGCAAUCCUUCGAAGCCUUGUUCAGAAGCGAGACGAUAGAAGUGAAUGGGAAAUCGAUAGCGCUGGGAUACUGGACCUCCACGAGGGACUUCGAUCGGACAGCCGAGGUUUGGAAGUGCUGCGGGGUCAUGGAAUUUCAAAUCACCACAGAGCAAGACAAGUACGCGAGGAUGAUUUUCGUAAUUUCGAUGUCAUUUUGGCUUUUGAUGACAGCAAUGUAGCUGAUCUGAAUAAGUUCUUCAGGCCCGCUGACGGUAGCGGUCGAGCCAAAGUGAAGCUGUUUGGAACAUACGAUCCAAAAGGGAAGAGAAUAAUAGAAGAUCCUUAUUACGGGGACAUCUCGGAUUUUGAGGACAUGUUUGAUCAUAUCUAUAGAUGCUGCGAAGAGUUUCUAAGACAAUCAAAUUGAUACUUCCCGCUAUUUUUAAUGAUAAAUGGCUCUAACUGGACUCAUAAUUGCGUCGUUGAAUUUAUUCAAUACCUGUCAAUGGGGUAUGAAAUGUAAAUAAAAUUAUAACAUUUUGAUCCUGUAAAUUGCGUCUUGAUUAUUAUUUGGGUGUUGACGCUAUGCAUGGGGGCUAAUGACAUGCUGCAGCUAUAAAUGAAAUAAAAAACGGUUUCUUAUUAUAUAGCUCGGUGCAAGCAGGAAAAGUACUCGUUUAUUG